CGCUCUCUUCUUUAUCCCCAAUGUAAUGUACUGAUUGAUUGAUUUCUUCGUUCCUCAGUUACUUACUGCAAUAGAAUCCUAAUUCAGAAGGAACCGAUUCUACAGAGUCAAUUCUUUUUCAUGUUUGUUUUCGACCCUCAUCAAGAUUUUUCGUCUUGGGUUUUGAUUUGGGCUUUUGGGGUUUGGUCCGGGGUCAGAGCUGAAAAUCUUGAAUUUUUUUUGCGACCGCUUGAUUAAUGGAGGACGAAAGUGGGGUUUUUGAUAAAUCCUUGGGAGUCCCUAGAUCUGAAUUGAAGGUUUUGGUGGGAGAGAAGAGAGCUCGCCCGGAAGUGGAAGAAAGAUCCGAAUUUGAACAAAAAAGAGUCAAAACAAGGGAUCUUGAAUCAGUGUUUCGUUCUGAAGAAAGGACAACAAAGGACGCGGUACAUCUCGCAGUUGACAAUGCAACCAGAGAAAUAGACCUCAAUGCUAACUUUGGUGCCCCCAACAAUGUGCUUGCUGAUGAUGCUAUGGCUCCCAACAAUGAGGAAUGUAAUGUGAGUUUGUUAAAUUCAAGAGGUUUUGGCUUAGAUCUCAAUGAAGGAGACAUCUUUACCUUCACCAUGAACAAGGAGCCAAUUCAUCCUUGUGGAAUCUAUGGACAUUCAAAAUCUAUAGAUGAUUCUGAUUGUGGUAGUUCUGUUGGCCCUUUGGAGGAGAAAGAUCCAAUGAAGGUUUGGAAAGAGAUGAAACAAAAUGGAUUCAUAUCGUCUUCUCAUGGUGGAGUGCCGAUGCCAAAGCCACGUGGAAGAAAACACAAGAACGAUGGGAUCAAGAGAAAGAUGGAGCUUGCUAAAAAAGAACAAGUGGACAGGUUUGCUAAGAUGGCUGCUCCUAGUGGGUUGCUUAAUGAACUGAAUCCUGGGAUCAUAAAUCAUGUGAGAAACAAAAAGCAGGUUCAUUCUAUAAUUGAGGCUCUUCUGAAGUCGGAAAGAAAUGAGAAUUCUCACUCAGGCAGUAGACAGAAAGACCAAACAAAAAGGGGAACGAAAGACUUUAGUGAAGUGAAGGACUUACAAGUCAUAAAUCGAGCAGAAACUAAGGGACAUUCACUCUCUCAUGAAGAUGGUUCAAUGAAUAGUUUGCUGGAGAGAAGGCAGAUGAGUGGAUAUCCGGCAUCCUUUAAUAACUCAGCUUCGUUGUACUCGGUGCUGACAGGUGUUGAUCAUGAAUCCCGCAUGGUUGACACAAGAGCAAUGGGAAGUACUUCAUCUUUCAAACACCCAAAUAUAGAAAAUGAGGAUGAAAUACUUGCACUUAAGCUGUCUUCUGCUGGAGCUAUUACAUCAGAAAAUAAUAGUUCCUUGUCCAAUGAGGAAUCAGCAAACCUAACUAGUGUUACUUCACUCUCUGCUCAAGCUGCUAGCGUUGCUUCCCAUUGGUUGGAACUUCUUCAUCAAGACAUCAAGGGUCGUCUUGCAGCAUUACGACGUAGUAAGAAGAGGGUGCGGGCUGUUAUUCAUACUGAGUUGCCUUUCCUAUUAUCAAAAGAAUUCCUGUCUGUCCAAGAGAAUGCUCCUUACAACUCAAAAACUGCUGAUGCUGGUCAUUCUCACAAUUCAGCUGCUGAUGCACAUCGUGCUAAAUGGAAUGUACUGUUUGAUCAGAUGGAUAGAACAUUGUCUGAAGAAGAGAAACAAUUGGAAAGUUGGUUAAACCAAGUAACAGAAAUGCAGUUGCAUUGUGACACGGGUCUUUUCAAAUAUAGUACAGCAUAUAGUCUGCAGCAUUCAAGCACUUUUGAAAACGAUUGCAGACUACAUAAAGCUGAUAACUCAGAGAGGGAUUUAGCUGUCAGAGCUGCUGCUGCUUCCAUUUAUUCAACGUGCAAUUUCUUGUUGUCCAUGGAGAACUUACCUUGCUGCUGAUCACUUUUACAUACAUUUGACCCUUUUAGCAUUGAGUUCCUAAUUAUACUUGUAUUCCUUCUCAUGUUUUUAGUCCAGUUGCUAGCCUAUAGCAUACACAGAGGUCUGAUAAUAGGAAACUUAGAAACUCUUCAACUUGUAUUGCAGGAGUUUGACCUGGUUUAUAUUUCAAUUUUAUUUUAUGCUUGUGCCCUUGUUCA